AUGAUUGCCACUGAGGUGGCUACUGCUAUCUGGAGUUCUAUUCAAGCAAACUCUGGUGAUGAUUUAUUCCUUGAUGUUGAUUUAAGUGUUACUCCGACAUGCACUUAUGUUCCUAGGAAACUCUCUCGGGAAGAACUAGUCAAGCUUCUUCCAGAUAAAUGGAUCACAAACUAUGAACAAAUACAUCAAGCUCCGGUACAAAGCGCCACAACCCUAGAUUUCUUCCAUCAUCAAAAUGGACAGGCCUUGACUCUCAUCUAUAAAGAAUCAGAAAAGUACCCUCCCCCACCUCCAGUUUAG